CCGAUUUCAAUGGAGGUUUUUCAGUUGUCGCCGGAGAUUCCUUUCCGUUUCAAUCCUAUACGACUAAAAUUUUCGAAUCGUAGCAGAAUCAACUUCUGCCGGCCAUUAUCAGCGACCAGCGAUUCUCGAUCCGGUACACCGGAUUCAGAGUCCCGGAAGAACCGGAUGUUCAUCCUCGGGAUGGGAUUCGUCGGUGGCUUCUUCGCGGAAAAGCUCAAAGAAGCAGACUGGGUGGUUUCAGGGACUUGCAGGAGUGAUUCUAAGAAGAAAGAAUGGGAGAAGAAAGGAAUCGAUCUUCACCUAUUUUCUGCUGAUUCACCUGAAUGGAGCUUGCUUGAAUCAGUGAAAGAUUACACUCACCUGCUCGUUUCUAUUCCGCCUUUAGCUGACAUUGGUGAUCCGAUGUUGCGGAAUGUAGAACUUGUCAGAGACAAGCUUUCUAGUGGAAAUCUUCAAUGGCUUUGUUAUCUCUCAUCAACAAGUGUUUAUGGAGACUAUGGUGGUGCUUGGGUCUCUGAAGAUCAUCCCCCAAAUCCUAAAACUCAAACAGCCAAACUGAGGUUAGCUGCAGAGGGAGGAUGGUUGAGCUUAGGUCUUGAUCUUGGGGUUUCUACUCAAGUCCUUCGACUUGGUGGUAUCUAUGGUCCUGGUCGCAGUGCGAUUGAUACUUUGUUGAAACGGGAGCAUUUGUCUGAAAGUCAGCUAAGAAGAGCGUCCCGGAGAUUCACGUCCAGAGUCCAUGUUGAAGAUAUAUGCCAAGCUCUUCAAGCUUCCAUUGAAAAAUCAUCUUCAAGAGAGAUCUACAACAUUGUCGAUGAUGAUCCAGCACCAAGAGAAGAGGUGUUCCAAUAUGCCUUGGAGUUGGUUGAAAAACGUUGGAAAAGGAAGAUCGAAACAAAGCCAUUUCUGUAUGAGUCUCGGGAGGAGAGUUCAUUGAGAGGCGAAAAACGAGUUAGUAACCAACAUAUGAAGAAUAAACUAGGAGUUAAAUUGCUAUAUCCUUCUUACAAGUCGGGAUUGCAAAGCAUUGUCGAGAAGAUGGACAACCCUUUUUAAGCACAUAUUACAACAACACUGCUGAACAGAAUCUAUCACGACAAGAUAAAGGAAUCAGUUCAUCAGAACAUCGAGGGCAAUGUGAGUUACUUAAUUAGUGACACUAGUUUUUGGAUGUUGCAUCAGUUAAAUAAAUUAUGCAAUUGUUGAAUUGCUUGAUGUUUAACUACAAAAAGUGUCCAGACAAAAGAGCUCUUGUUCUUCAAUGUAGAAUCCAUGGUUCUAAAAUUCUAGAUACGUUAUAAACAGCCAAAACAUGGACACAAAUUCAGCAACGAAUGCAUGAUUGAAACGAGGCAUGUGAAGAUGCUACGUGUAACACACAGAUUGGUAUCCAACGGCUGAGAACUAUUUCAAAUCGUUGACGGAGAUGGCCGUCCAUCAAGACCAAUCCGAGUGAUGAAUGACGGCCGUUGAUAGAGCGAGCAGUUUAGCCUCGCGUGGCGUCUAGGCCAAAAUCAAACACAACACGCACAAAAGUUGUAUAACUAACUUGUAACAAUUGGAACAAUGAAAAUCACGUGCUCUUUCUUUCUUUUGCAUUUGUCGG